UGUGUCUCAAAGAGUCUACAAAGUGCCCAUGCCAUGGUCCUCCAGCGGCCAUGGCGGCAAUUGAGCCAGGUCCUGAGGCCUUUGCAGGAGAAGCCGUGAAGGUGCGUCGGCAUGGGCGCCGGCUGGUGUUUGUGCGGCUGCGCGCUGACGGCAAGGAGUCGGAUCUCAUCUUCGAUGCUAGUUGCUUCGACCACCUGAGCAGCGAGCUGCCUUUCCCUGCCGACAAAGGUGGCUUGAAGGAAGGCGACCUUUUGGAGGGCCUGGGCCGCGCCACCGCGGACCCGCGGCUCCGCGCCAGCCGCUGGCGGAAGCUGGGCGCCUCCGCCGGCGCCGGAGCUUCCGCCGGAGCUUCGGCCAGGGCCCCGGCGGGCCGCGUGUCUUCUGCUGGCUGGGUGCCGUGCCCGCUCUGCGGCGGCCAGAGGAGAUUCGACUUGGAGCGCGGUCUCCGGGCGCAUCUCAGCGCUGUCCACGAUUCGGGACAGUCUGAGGAGUGGUACCAGGACCUGCAGCAGCAGGCUGUGGACGCAGGCCUCUUCUCGCGCCGCGCCUGCGGCAUGGGCGCUGGAGGAAGCAACGGUGCGUUGCGCCGCACCGGGUUGGUGCAGCACCAGGGCGGUGAGGGCGGCGCGGGCGGCGCGGGCGGCGCGGGCGGCGCGGGCGGCGGCGAGGGCCUCUGCGCCGCGCUGGCGCGGCUGCUGGCCGAGGGCUGGCAGCCCUUCGCCGCGGAAUCGCUGGACCACAAUGGCGCCAGCGCGCUGGACUGGGCCGCCGGCGGUGGGCACUUGGACUGCGUCCGACUCCUGCUCCCCCUGUGCCCGGCAGCGCGGUGCUGCCGCAACGGGCGCACUGCGGCGCACUGGGCGGCGCGGUUCGGGCGCACCGAGGUGCUCGAGUUUCUAGUGGAGAGGAGAGCCGAUGUGAAGAGGCGCACCACCAACGGCGGUACCAUGCUGAUGCUGGCGAGCUACGGGGGCCACGUGACCAGCUGCGCAGCUCUGCUGGUUUUGCGCGCGGACCUGCACGCGCGGAACGCCUGGGACUGCGACGUGGGGCACUUUGCCGCCCUGGGCGGCAGCGUGGACAUGUGCCGCUGGCUGUUGGCCCAGGGCCUGUCGCUGGAGCGGCCGCAAAGUUCCGGGCACACGGCGCUGCACAAGGCGCAGGAGGCCGGCCAGCAGGAGGUGGUGCGAUUCCUGGAGGCCAACGCGAAGCCCACCGUGCCCGGCGAAAGUGGCAGCGAGCAAAACGCGAUGCUGGGCGCUGGAAGUUUCAUGUGGACUCUGUCGUUUGCGCCGCACGCAGAGCGCGGAAUUGGAGCGGGGAGCGCGUGGAGCGCCAUGGCGCCUCUCGGUCGAGCCCGGGUGACCCCGGAGACGUGGACGGAGCUCAGCGUCUUGGCGCUGCAGAUCCUCGAGAGCCGGCUGCAGCUCCCGAAGCGCGAGGUGCGGGUGGAGCACAGGGACCUCAGGUCGAAGCCGGCGGACCUGGUGCAAUGGGACAGAACCGUUGAAAGGAGCUCUGACAUGGUGCCGCUGGUGGCACUUGCCCAGUGCGCGAUGCCGCUGCCGGAGAGGGACUUCUCCCCCAUCCGGCCGCCGGCCUUUGCCCUCGAGCCAGAUUUGGCAGAAGGCAAAUCACUCGCAGCCUGGCCGGUCCAAGCGAGCGUCAGCUUGGUCCGGGCCCAUAUCAGGGCUCGAACGCUGACAGAGACGAAGUCCUGGUCAAUGUCUACAAAGUCAAUGUUUGCUGCACACUCCGCCUUGGCUGUGAGUCCACUUGGAAGCACAAACGUCAAAGAAAGCCGAACAACUUUCCGGAGAGCAUCUCCAUGGUCGUCCAGCAUGGCCACCAGGCAGAAAGCGAUGAACAAAGCGAUGCACAAAGUGAUGACCAGAGACAAAGCGGUGCUGAAGAUUUGCGCCAUGCACACGGCACAAUAUCCCGUCCGGGCCAUCAGAACUGCGAGUCUGGCCCGAGCCAGCGAGAUCACCAGCUACAAGGCCAAGGGCACUUGCGCGCCUGGAUGGGUACCAUCAAGGAAAGCUUGGGGCAGGCUAGAGACUUCCGUGCCGGUACAAGGAUUCAGCAGAUGGCCACUUUUCUCUUCCGCUGGUGUCCCUUCUCCAGUGACCUUUGCGCCCACUGACAAAAUGCUGCCGGAGCUGUGGACGGUGAUGCAGGCCGUGAUCAACGCGGCGGAAGGUCGCAUCGUCUACUUGCUGGGCCUCGAUGUGAAAUGCCCUGCGGCUCCAACGUCUCGGAAGAUGGUGCCCGGGCUGGCACGGAAGGUCGCCACUGCACCUGCCCCCGUGGCAGCUGCUUUUCGGCCACGAUGCAGAGGAUGGGCGCGCUCUGGCAAGACUCCCCCGAGCUGCGCCAAGGGCGGGACUACCAGCUACGAGGCCAAGCAAAGUUGCACGCCUGGAUGGGUACCAUCCAGGAAAGCCUGGGGCAGGCCAGAGGCUUGCGUGCGGCCACGAGGAUUCCGCAGAUGGCCACUUUUCUCUUCCGCUGGUGUCCCUUCUCCAGUGACCUUGGCGCCCACUGACAAGAUGCUGCCGGAGCUGUGGAGGGUGAUGCAGGCCGUGAUCAACGCGGCAGAGGGCCGCAUCGUCCACUUGCUGGGCCUCGAUGUGAAAUGCCCCGCUCCGAGCUUGAGCUUCUCCUGCGGGCACAGCGCACCGACUCGCUGGGAGAGAAUAGGCACCGCGCUGGCUCUUCCAAGGCUGCUUGGCAGGCGCACCUGGACCGGGAAGAUCCAUGCGGCAGAAGGCGGGCAGAAGUACUAUGGCCAAGUUGCUGUCACUGACAACAGCGCAAGCCUGGAGAGCCGCCCGGUGAUGGACGCCGCUUCACCCAAAAGCUUCAGAUCCGCUCCCAGGCGGACUGGCCUUGUCCUGCGGGACCUGUGCAUUGGACAGCCCCCUCUGAGCACGCUGCUUGUGAAGCGUCCAUCCAAGAGUUCGGAGGCACGACUUCUCAGCUCCGAGAUCUCUCUCAAAGAGCAGGCAAUGCGGGCCUGCAUAAAUGCAAUGCUUCGGCUGCUCGUAUGCUUCGCAGCGGCCCCUGCGCAGGUCUCCGAGCCCUCGCGCUCGCGCGCAGACAUCGAGCCGCUGGCAGGCGCAGCCACGCCGGACCGAACUGUCGGCCUUGCCCUGGAAAGGCGGAACCUCGAAGCGGAUUCAACUUCAAUGCUGGCCAUGCAGAGGGGAUGCGGCAGGAUGAGUUCGGUGAAGCUGGCUGUGCUUCGGUGCUUUCCGGCGGAGAGCAGCGGCUCCGGCUCCGGCUGGCCGCGGCUCAGAAGAUCGCUGCUGUCAACCACCCUCUGUUCACUUCCGCUGGAGAAGCUGCAGGCGACCAAGAAGCUGAAGGAAGCGGCAGGUCCCGCGAGGUCUUUUGUGACGAUGGUGGCGAAACCUGUGACGACGCGCUGCACUUCACGUACGGACAAAAGCAUGGCAUCUUCGCCAUUUGCGAGGUCUUUCGUGACGAUGGUGGCGAAUCCCGUGACGACGCGCUGCACUACAAGGUCGGAAUCAAGCGCGACAUCUUCGUCAUUUACGAGGUGCACAUCAGGAAGACAACACCUCGAGGGGCUUUGGCACCAACUACCCAGCGUCUACGGUCCAUCCUGGCCGGCUGCCGUUCUUCUCCGAAGGCCGCAUCGGGCCGCAAGGCCGAGGCCGCAGCCGCAAGCUGAGGAGGAGCAGCGAAGCCAAGGUGCUCCGGUUCCAGUCAAGCCGGUGCCCCCCAUGAAGUCAAUGGCUUCCGGAAGGCAAAACCGCCUGGUCUGCUCGUUUGUGGCCUCUGAGACCAGCUUGUCUCGUGAUGGACAAAGAGCAGUCAGCCAUGGCCUUCGGCUCCCGAAGGAGACUCGCCGCUGUUCAUUUUUAGCCCGCCGAAGGCACCGACUCGCUGGGAGAGAAUAG